AUGUCUACCACUACUACCAAAAAACCAACUGAAGUUGAUCACUCAAUUGCAAACUCAGAUGUUGUUUUUAAAUAUAAAACUGCAGGUAAAAUUGCUAAUAGAGUUAUAGCUCAAGUUAAAGAAUUAGCAAUUGAAGGUUCAAAUACUUUUGAUUUAUCAGUUAAAGGUGAUGAAUUAUUGGAAGAAGAAUUAUCCAAAGUCUUCAAUUCUAAAAAAACAAAAAAUAUUCCAAAAGGUAUUGCAUUUCCAACUACUAUAAGUCCUAAUCAUGUUCCUGCUCAUUUAGCACCAGUUACAAGAGAUGAUGAAGCAAAUAUUGAAUUAAAAAAUGGAGAUGUUGUAAGUAUUCAAUUAGGUGUUCAAUUAGAUGGAUUUCCAGCUAUUGUUGGUGAGACUUUUGUUAUUGGAGCUUCAAAAGAACAUCCAAUUGAUGGUCAAAAAGCUGAUUUAUUAAAAGCUGCAUGGACUGCAUCAGAAGUUGCAUUAAGUAAUUUUAAACCAGGUACUAAAAAUUGGGAUAUUACAAAUAUUAUAGGUAAAGUUGCUAAAUCAUUUGAUGUAACUCCUGUUGAAAAUAUGUUAACUCAUAAUCAAGAAAGAUUAAAAAUGUAUGGAAAUAAAGAAAUCAUUUUAAAUCCAUCAAAACAAAAUAAAGCAAAUAUGGAAACUCAUAAAGUUGAAAUAAAUGAUGUUUAUGGUUUAGAUAUUUUAAUUUCAACUUCAAAAGAUGGUAAAGUUAAACCAUCAAAUUUUAGAACUUCAUUAUAUAAACUAACUGGUGAAUCUUAUGCUUUAAAAAUGAAAAUGUCUCAUAAAAUUUUAGGUGAAUUAAAAUCUAAAAAUAAUGGUCAUCCUUUCCCAUUCAAUAUUCGUAAUUUAGAUGAUCCAAAAAAAGCAAGAGGUGGUUUAGCUGAACCAACUAAUCAUAAAAUUUUAUUAUCUUAUGACGUUGUUACUGAAAAAGAAGGUGAAUAUAUUGCUCAAUUUUACACUACUUUUGGUGUUACUAAGAAUGGUAUUGUUAAAUAUACUGAACCAACUUUUGAUGAAGAAUUUUACAAAACUGAUAAAGAAUAUAAAGAGGUGGAAGAAUCAACUUAA